AUGGAGCGUGCAGACUGCGGAGACGUCAGGAGCUGGCAGCAAAUUCUGGCUACUGCUGACCAUCAGGGAGAUACUGGAUCUCCCAGCCUGACCGUCGGGGAGAUACUGGAUAUCCCAGGCUCAUCGCUGGGGUGCGGCAACCAGACCCUGGGCAGGAUGCCCCGGCAGCCGCUGGAGCUGCAGGGGGUGACCAUCCUGCUGGUGCUGCUCAUCUGCGGGGUGGGCAUCGCGGGCAACGUGAUGGUGGUGCUGGUGGUGCUGCGCACCAAGCACAUGGUGACCCCCACCAACUGCUACCUGGUGAGCCUGGCGGUGGCCGACCUCAUCGUGCUGCUGGCGGCCGGGCUGCCCAACAUCUCAGAAGUGGUGGCUUCUUGGGUGUACGGCUACGCCGGCUGCCUCUGCAUCACCUAUUUGCAGUUCCUGGGCAUCAACAUCUCCGCCUGGUCCAUCACCGCCUUCACGGUGGAGCGUUACAUCGCGAUCUGCCACGCCAUCAAAGCGCAGCUCCUGUGCACCGUCUCCCGCGCCAAGCGCAUCAUCUCCUCGCUGUGGCUCUUCACCUCCCUCUAUUGCCUCAUGUGGUUCUUCCUGGUGGACACGACCCAGGUGACCUUCUCCGACGGGGCACAGGUCAGCUGUGGCUACCGGGUCUCCAGAAGCCUUUACAUGCCCAUUUACUUCUUGGAUUUUGCUGUCUUCUACGUCAUCCCGCUGGGAUUAGCAACUGUCCUCUACGGCCUCAUUGCCCGCAUCCUCUUCAUGAGCCCCCUGCCCGCCACCCCGCAGCACUCCUGCCUGGGCUCCACACACCAGGGUGGCUCCCUCAAGCUCUCCUGCCGGGGCAACAAGGGGGCCCUGAGCUCCCGCAAGCAGGUGACGAAAAUGUUGGCUGUCGUGGUGGUCCUCUUCGCCCUUCUGUGGAUGCCUUAUCGCACACUGGUUGUGGUGAACUCCUUCAUGGACCCUCCGUACCUGAACAUCUGGUUCCUUCUCUUCUGCCGCAUGUGCAUCUACCUGAACAGUGCCAUCAACCCCAUCAUCUACAACCUCAUGUCACAGAAGUUCAGGGCUGCCUUUCGGAAGUUAUGCAAGUGUGAAGAGAAAGGUGCUGAGAACCCUGCGCCCUACACCGCCCCGGUGUACUACAGUGUUAUGAAGGACUAUUCUCAUGACAGCUCCGAUCACAAUGUCACCGAACAAGAAGAUCUGAACAGUUUCCCUGCACCUGCAAGGAAGAACAAGCCUGCCAAAUAA